CAAAAAAAGAGCGAGUAUCAUAAAAAAUGUUUAUAUAAAUAAUAUAUAACUAUAUAAGUAUAUAAUAUAUAUACACAAAAUGAAUAAUUAAAAGCAUGCUGAUUGAUCUGUAAAAUAUAUGUCAUAAAUAAUUAUUUGAUACAAAACAAUUGAAUUGUAGUUUAUAUUUUUUCUUAAAUCAAGUGUAAAAAUGUCUAAAGCUUCUAAACAUUAGUGUAUAAAACGGUUUUAAUAAUAAUUUUUUUUCAAUAUGACAAGGGUAAAUGAUCAAACAACAAUCGGGUCGCGUUGGUAAGUUGCCUUGGUACCCUGGGCAACGGUGAAUAUGCAUUUAACGUAAACAAAGUUGUGUUAACAAAGAAAGAAAAAAAAAAAAUUUAGCCUCUAUAAAAUAUUUAUAUUAAAUAAAUUAUAUUAUUAAUUAUAAAAUAUAAUAAUAAAAAAUUGUUAAAAUGACGUCGUUGGACUUAAGACAGCAAAAAUUGGAGCAACAACGUCAAUUGUUGGCUCAAAAAAUGAAACAAAAACGUCAAACUGGAGCCGGUGGAAUGGUCCAGGCAAGUGGACAAUUUAAAAGUCAUUCAGCUAAAUGGGUCACACCAACAAGAGAACUUCAUGGAUAUGAUGGACCUAUGCAGUACAGUUUAUCACCAAAUAAUUCUGGUUUAAAUUUUAAUGAUAUGAAAAGUAUUGAUACUGAAAUAACAGAAAUAACUGCAGAUGGUAUUUUUCGUGAAGGAUUAGAAACUGUUGAUUGUGCUGAUGAAGAAUCAUCACCACUUGAUAAUAGAUUACCAGGGGAUUCACAAUGUAGAUCACCACUUCGUGUUGCACCAUCAGAUGGUCCAGAAACAGUUAUAAUCACCAGAGAAAAUCAUUCAAAUAGUCCCGAACUUGAAGGAAAUGUUGAAGGAAAUAUUGAUCAAUUUGUCGUACAACCAGCAAACAAAAAAAUGCAUUACAAAUGUAGAAUAACACGUGAUAGAAAAGGUAUGGAUCGUGGUUUAUAUCCAACAUAUUUUUUACAUCUUGAACGUGAUUAUGGUAAAAAAAUUUUUUUACUUGCUGGUAGAAAACGUAAAAAAAGUACAACAAGUAAUUAUUUAAUAUCAACUGAUCCAACUGAUUUAUCACGUGGUGCUGAAUCAUAUGUUGGUAAACUACGUUCAAAUUUACUUGGUACACAAUUUACUGUUUAUGAUAAUGGUCAUUCACUUAUGAAAGAUGAUAAAAGAGAUGAAGAAAAUCCAAGACAAGAAUUAGCAGCUGUUGUUUAUGAUACAAAUGUACUUGGUUUUAAAGGACCACGUAAAAUGACUGUUAUUAUACCUGGUAUGACUGCUGAUCAAAAAAGAAUUUCAGUUUGUCCAGCUGAUGAAUCUGAAACACUUUUAGAAUGCUGGAAAACUAAAAAUAUGGAUAAUCUAAUUGAACUUCAUAAUAAAACUCCAGUAUGGAAUGAUGAAUCACAAUCUUAUGUACUCAAUUUUCAUGGACGUGUUACUCAAGCGUCUGUUAAAAAUUUUCAAGUUGUUCAUGACAGUGACACUGAUUAUGUUGUGAUGCAAUUUGGCCGGGUUGCUGAAGAUGUAUUUACCAUGGAUUAUCGAUUUCCAUUAUGUGCUCUUCAGGCAUUUGCAAUUGCUUUGAGUAGUUUUGAUGGUAAAUUAGCCUGCGAAUAAUAUAUUUAUUUUAUAUUGAGUAUACAAAAAAAUAAAAAACAAUGGUGAGGUUUUUUUUUUUUUUCUUUUCUCAUUGUUUUAAUUG